AUGUUGCGACAGAAAAGCCCGGCCGUUGCUUUCUGCGGAGUGUUCACUUGCACCACCGUUUCUGCUAUUAUGCCGAGAAGCGCCGCGCAAAAAACAUACUUUGCUAGCACGGCGACGCCAUGUCACCCAUCCUCGUUUUCGCAAGAAAGCAACAACCACCCACUUGCGUCAGUUUCUAUACCUGAGCCCAUAAAAAAGAAGCCCGACCCAAAAGUUUGGAUGUCAGCGGAUGGAUCCAAUAUACGCCUCAUCGUGGAACUCUUGGACGGGGCUGCUCAGCUGGGGCUACGAAAUGCGUCGGGGGCGUGGAGGUCCGUUACCAGAAUGUUGGUUUCCGCCGCCGCCGCCGCUGCCAACCAGCCUUUGACGACGCGAAAGUUCUCCGCUCCCCCCAUCCGCCUUGAUUUCGAAAACGGAAGCUCGUCGGCUGCAAAACGUAGGGAGUAG